ACUCAAAGAAAGAAAGAAAGAAAAUCAAGGCUUAACCUAAAAGAGAUGGAUUAAAAUUUAAAACUGUAAUUGCACGGAUUAGAAAUAUUAUUCUGAAACUGUAAAUGUUAAGAGGCCUGUUUUAUAACCGAAGCUCUUUGUGCGCCUUGUGGACUAGCCUCUUGAUUUUCCUUUUGGAGGUGUGGGAUGUCCUGCUGGCGAAGCAGAGGCGGGGUUCCUCCUUGGGCCUAAGAUUAAAAGAUUUCUCCUCCUCCUCCUGGGUCUUCCUUUGGGAAAUGGAUGCUGCCGUGAAUCUCACCCUUGACUCCUCACUUUCUGCCUGGUGCUUCUGGAAGGGAAGGGUUGAGAUCCAAACAACGAGUGAGUUCCUCCUUCAUGCGAGGGCUUUGUCAGUGCUCGCCGGCAGCGACCCCGUAGGUGCGUCACCGUCUGACGAGCAAUGCUCCCUGAUUUGGCUGCUUUCGGGAUUCCGAACACAAACAGGGCUUAACCAGCGGCCUUCCUCCCAACCCUUUCCGUGCAAAGGCUGGACUCCGGAGGCUUUCUGCAGUCCGGAGAGAGAGAGAGGCCCCGCUCUUGCGGUGUGAAAAUCUACGCUUCGACUUUACCAAGAGCUGCUCGGAAAGCAUGCCUGCACUAGGCUCAGGGGCUUGGGAAUAUGUUCCCGAAGAGAUUUUGGGCCACAUAUUUUAUUAUUUGCCUCUUCGAGACAGGCACGCCGUGUUCCAGGUGUGCAAGCAUUGGGCAGCGGCUGUUACCUCCAGUUCUGUCUGGGCCUUUACAGAAGUCAGGUGUGACAAAGCUGACGACGGAGGCACCUUGCAGAGUUUGCACCACUUCCUGCGCCACAUCAAGCACCUGAAGAUUGUGUUUGACCAGUCCGAGGAAGCCACCCGGAAGAACGUCACCUGCAUUUUAGAGAUGCUGGCCCGGGAGAGCCACCGAUUGCAGGCGCUGAGCAUCGAGUGCCGAGGAGAGAACCCGUAUUUCUAUUCCGGCCAAGAUAUUUUGCAAAGCAUCCAGAAAGUUUGCCAAAGCGAGAAGAAAGCUGACCUUCUCCACAUCGAUUUCCGGAAAAUGCCCUUCACCCUGGACGACGGGAUGGUGCGCCUCAUGGCGUCCAGCAGCCCAAAUCUGCACACCUUGUUCAUCAACAACCGCACCCUAGUUUGCAACGUCACGCCAGAGAUGAUGGUCGAGGUGCUGAGGGCUUGCCCUAGGCUCUCAACCUUGGGCGUCUAUUACGCCAGCCUCUCUGAGGAAGUCUUCCGGGAGCUCCUGAAGCCCAACCGAACACCUUUCAAGUGUCUGGACAUUUUCUGUGAGCGCCUGGACAAAUAUAUUCCUGUGAUCCCCGAAGAGCUAUGGGCUGCCGUGAGUGAGAAGCACCCACAGCUCCGUGUGGAACUGGAGUUUGACCACACGGUCCCGGCCUGGAAGAUCCCUCGGAUCUUAAAGCCCAAGAUCCCCGUGACAACAUUGCAACUAAACACUUACACGUACAUGGUUAACCAGAUCAGGUUUGUCACCAGCAGCUACAGCAGGACUUUGGAGAGGUUGGUCCUCCACACCACUUCCUCUGAGGACCUCAACUCUUCCCUGAUCGACCUGGCCAAAGCAUGUGUCGGGUUGAAAGAGAUUCAUUGUUAUUGUGUGGUCGGUCAAACUGUGAUCGAUGCCUUCCUCGCCCACUGUAAGGGACUGAAACGGUACACGCUAAAGACCACCAAAGAACGCAGUCCUUGGCAAGCAACGAUGGUCCAGUAAUUUUGAAGUUUGACCCAAGAGUGUGUUAUUUGUUCACGACUGUCGUGGUUGGGUCCACCAAUUGAAGGUCAAAAUAGACAUGGAAGGAAAUGCAAGUCCCCUGAGAUUAAUCUGUUUUUACAUCCCAAAAAGAGACUUCCUAAUAAAUACGUGCCUCAACAAUCA